UUUAAUUGAUUAUAUAAUUAAGUUAGGCUGAAUGAUUAGAAUCCGUACUCUCAAGAGGCGCCCAAGGGUCCCACUGAAGGAUGAAGAGGAAAAGGAACAGAAGAAGAAACAAGUGACCAAGGUUAGUAGGUUAUGAGCAAAACAACGAUGAUGGAGAAAUCAGGAAAAUAAGAACAUGAGGUUGAAAAUAAAGAAAUCGAAGAAAAAUGAAUCGUUAGCUGGAGAUGAGGAGGAGAAGACAUGCUCUGAUUCUAAUCUGCAUAAGAGCGAGAGUGAAAGUAUGCUUAAUUCCACUAUCAGCUAUUCUACAUUGAAGAGAGAAAACUCCUCAGUCGGGGAGAACCUUGAUGAAAUCACACAGGAAUUUCUUGAGAUGGAGCUUGAAUCAACUUUGGAAGAAAACCCUAUGGUUGAUGUUAUCCUUAACAAUAUAUUUAAUAUAUUGAAUAAAUGACUGGCUUCUACAAAUAAAGCUUUGUUCAACGCAGCAUUGAUGCAGAUCAAAAGUGCAUCUGAUAUGUAUGGAAAGUCUUUGAACAAGUAUAUUCCGAAGAUAUGUACACUGGUCAACAAGAAGCAUGUGCUCUAUAAAGCCCAAAUAAAGGAGCUUUGUGAGACAUUGAUGACAAAUGGAGGUGAAGGAGUUUCUAAGUUUAUUGCAACAGCUUAUCCUCACUUUUGAGAAUAAUUAAUUUCAAUUUAUUACUA